UUACGUGCUGACGCCAGAUGUAUAUGAGCGCACGCGGCGGGAUCUCUUUCCCUUUUAGCGCUGUCUCGCGCUCUUCACUGCGCAGCAGCAUCUCGUCUUCAGACGCACCGCUUCUCACAUCGGACUCUUGGAAAUAACGGUGAAACAAAAUGGCAGAUCUUGACAAUAAAGAGCAGACUGAAAUUGACCCGGCAGAUAUGGAGGAUGUUGAAGAGGUGGAGGAAGAGGAGACUGGGGAAGAUAACAGUAAAGCACAUCAGCUGACGAUGCAGAUGAUGCAAAAUCCACAGAUCCUCGCGGCACUGCAGGAGAGGUUGGAUGGGCUUGUGGGAUCUCCCUCAGGAUACAUGGAGAGCUUACCAAAGGUGGUGAAGCGACGCGUUAACGCCCUUAAAAACCUCCAGGUCAAAUGCGCCCACAUUGAAGCUAAGUUUUACGAAGAAGUCCAUGAACUGGAACGGAAAUAUGCCGCACUGUAUCAGCCUCUCUUUGACAAGCGUAGCGAUAUCGUGAGAGCAGCAUACGAACCCACAGACGAAGAGUGUGAGUGGAAGAAAGAUGAAGAGGAAGAGUUGACCGUAAGUAAGCAGGAGGAAAUGAAGGAAAAGGCCAAAGUGGAGGAAGAGAAGAAAGAUGAGGAGAAGGAAGACCCUAAAGGAAUCCCGGAAUUCUGGCUCACAGUUUUCAAGAACGUCGACCUACUCGGUGAAAUGUUGCAGGAACAUGAUGAACCAAUUCUCAAGCACUUACAAGACAUUAAAGUUAAAUUCUCUGAUGCAGGCCAACCAAUGAGUUUCACAUUAGAGUUCCACUUUGAGCCCAAUGAUUUCUUCACAAACACAGUCCUGACAAAGACCUACAAAAUGAGGUCUGAGCCAGAUGAGUCUGAUCCGUUCUCCUUCGACGGACCAGAGAUCAUGGGCUGCACAGGGUGCACGAUCGACUGGAGUAAGGGCAAAAAUGUCACAUUGAAAACUAUCAAAAAGAAACAGAAACACAAGGGUCGAGGCACAGUGAGGACGGUCACCAAGACGGUCCCCAAUGAUUCAUUCUUCAAUUUCUUCUCUCCACCUGAAGUUCCAGAGAGUGGUGAACUGGACGAGGACUCGGAGGCCGUGUUGGCAGCAGACUUUGAGAUCGGUCACUUCAUCCGUGAGCGUAUCGUGCCCAGGGCGGUGCUGUACUUCACGGGGGAGGCAAUCGAAGAUGACGAUGAUGAUUAUGAUGAGGAGGGAGAGGAAGCUGAUGAUGAAGAGGGUGAAGAGGAGGCAGAUGAAGAAAACGAUCCAGACUAUGAACCCAAGGUGUAAAUGGUGUCUGUAGUAACCCAGCUCUGAAGGAUGCCAACCCCCCAGAGGAGUGCAAACAGCAGUGAUGGCGGUGCCCACUUCCUUCAGGAUCCCCAUACACUGUAACGGCUUCAGACAAACAUAGUUACUUACCGCCUUACAAUGUUUUGUAAUUUUCUUGGUAGAAAUAAUUAAAAAUAAAUAAAAGGAUUUCAAGAUUUGUUACAAAAAAAACAACCUAAUUGGGAGCAGAGGCUCAUGACGCAUAGUAUUUUACUAGACCAGUUUCUCUCUUUCUCUGUAUAAAUAGUUAGAAUGCAGUAAAUCCCUCAAAGCAUGACACUUGUUUCUUCACUGCUAAGAUUGUUGGGUUCUCGUGAAGUCUUUUGUAUUGCUCUUAGACAACAGCUGUGGAAAAACUAUCCAGAGGUGAAGUUUAUGAGAAAAUAUUCACGAAACAUGUCCUGAGUGAUUCCUUUACGCUCUGUGCAACCAAAGCGGAGACUGACGUUUAGUCUCAGCAGGGCGGCACAAACUGCCCCGUAACGCAGAGCUGGACUUGUGUACAUUAUUUGAUCUGUCUCUUUGGGUUAGUUCUCCAUUAACAUUCCACAAAGCUUUUAUUUCCUUCAUAAAAUCGGUUCUAAAUGCUUGGAGAAUAAUUCGCAAUCAGGCAGUAAAGUUUUGUUUAUCUGGUAGAAACGGAGAGAUGAUUGACAUUCCACAUCUAUAAGGAAUAGUUUCGUCCUUGAAUAGACGCUCUGUUGCAUGACCAUUGUUUUUCUAUGAGCACUUUGUACGUUUGUCAUGUAUCAGUAGCAUCUUUUUCUAAACGUUUGCCAUCGAUUAGUCCACUCACCCCCCCCCCCCUAUUUACAAGCGCUUAACAAACAUUAAACUGACUCUUUGUCAGUCAGGUGGACUCGACAUAAACACCUCUUCAGAAUGCACUUUGAAUGAUUCGAUGUCCUGCAGGAACCCCAAACAACCUACACUUUGUGUGAUUGGUUGAUUUUCAGCUUGGCCCUGAGUGAUGUUUGUUGAGUAGUUUGUGGUGACAUACCACCCUCUGUUUGGCAGGCCGAUCACUGUGAAGGGGUGCAUCUGAGUGUGUGUGUUUGUGUGUAUGCUGAGGAACGUCUUUAGAAGUCUCCUCUUCCUCGUAGCCCAGCCCAGCAGGAGUGAAGCAGAAAGAGCAAUAUUCCUACUGUAUUCCCAAACCCCUACAGUAUUCCCGUGUCUUUCAGCCCGGCUCUGUGCACAUGUCUAGCGCAGACGGUCUGAGCAGUCAAUUUAGUUCUGUCUAAAGCAGUUUGAAGCAGCAGGGGUCUCUGUUCCCCCUCAGCAGCUGUUGUCAAAGCAAAACGCCAUGCUACAAAAUACUAAUGUACUCUAUAAAUGUACGUGGAUGUAUAUUCAUCAAAUAAAUUGGUCAAAUGUG